CAAUCGAAGGCGACGAUGUCAGGUAGCCUUUAGUUACCUGCCCCAGAAUGACGAUGAAUUGGAAUUGAAAGUCGGAGACAUCAUAGAGGUGGUAGGAGAGGUGGAGGAGGGAUGGUGGGAAGGAGUUCUCAAUGGAAAGACUGGCAUGUUUCCUUCCAAUUUCAUCAAGGAAUUAUCUGGAGAAUCAGAGGAUCUGGGAAUUGCCCAAGAGGAGCAACUUAUAAAGCCAAGCAGGUCUGAGGGAAACUACAGGCUCAGAAAGUGAUGGUGGUGACUCAAGUAGUACCAAGUCAGAAGGUGCCAAUGGGAUGGUUGCAAUUCAACCCAAGAAGGUUCGGGGUGUUGGUUUUGGAGAUAUUUUCAAAGACAAACCCAUCAAGCUAAGACCAAGGUCGAUAGAAGUAGAAAAUGACUUUAUACCCAUGGAAAAGACUGUAGGGAAGAAGUUACCUCCAACAGCAGCAACUCAGGAGUCAGCAAAAAUAGAAAUGGACAGUAGAACAAAGAGCAAGGAUUAUUGCAAAGUCAUAUUUCCCUAUGAAGCACAAAAUGAGGAUGAACUGACAAUCAAAGAAGGCGACAUAGUCACCCUUGUCAAUAAGGAUUGCAUUGAUGUUGGCUGGUGGGAAGGAGAACUGAAUGGGAGACGAGGAGUAUUUCCAGAUAACUUUGUGAAGCUUCUUCCACCUGAUUUUGAAAAGGAGGGGAAUAGACCUAAGAAACCACCUCCUCCAUCAGCACCUGUCAUCAAACAAGGGGCAGUAGGUACAACAGAAAGAAAGCAUGAAAUUAAAAAGAUACCUCCUGAAAGACCAGAAACUCUUCCAAACAGAACAGAAGAAAAAGAAAGACCAGAGAGAGAGCAAAAACUGGAUUUACAGAAGCCUUCUGUUCCUGCCAUCCCUCCAAAGAAACCUCGACCACCCAAGACAAAUUCUCUCAGCAGACCUGGUGCAUUGCCCCCAAGAAGACCAGAAAGACCAGUGGUGCCUGUGACACAUACCAGGAGUGACAGUCCAAAGAUUGACUUGGUGGUCAGUACAGUGUCCAGCAUCUCAGAGAAGGACCUGUCAGACAGAAGCAAUGACAUUGACCUAGAAGGAUUUGACUCCGUAAUAUCAUCUACUGAGAAGCUCAGUCAUCCAACAACAAGCAGACCAAAAGCCACUGGUAGACGGCCUCCAUCCCAGUCUCUCACAUCUUCUUCCCUUUCAAGCCCUGAUUUCUUUGACUCUCCAAGCCCAGAAGAGGAUAAAGAGGAGCACCCUUCCCUCGCACACAGAGGCAUUGAUGUGACCAAGAAGACGGCAAAGACUGUUACCAUAUCACAGGUAUCUGACAAUAAAGCCUCCUUGCCUCCAAAGCCCGGGGGGAUGGCCGCUGUUGGAAGCAGUACACAAACACCUCUCUCUUCCUCCUCUUCAUCUUCCCUUCAUUCAUCGUCUUUGGGAACAACAAGUCACAGGUCAAACUCCCCUUCUCUGUUCAGCAUCGAAGGAAAGCCAAAGACUGAGCAGUUGAGCUAUGGUCAGUCAGCAAUGGAAGAACUUAGGACCCAAGUGAAAGAGUUGAGGACCAUCAUUGAAACAAUGAAAGACCAGCAAAAACGAGAAAUUAAGCAAUUAUUGUCUGAAUUGGAUGAAGAAAAGAAAAUACAUCUUCGAUUACAGAUGGAAGUUAAUGAUAUAAAGAAAGUUCUUCAAUCAAAGUGAAUCCUUGGUAGAUGAAAUGUUACAUUAUAUUCAUCAUGAAUCUGAGUCUCAGAUUUCUGCCCCAGCCAAAAUAACUUUGUGCCAAAUGAUUUAAGGUUUGCCUCAACAUUUCCCUGUUUGAAGGAUUAGCACAAAUGUCUUGAAUAGCACAACACAAAAUUCCAUCCAAGAGGAAGGACUUCCCCUGUGGUGUGGUUGUGACUUUAAAUUGAAUGGAUUGUGCUAACAGCUUCUCUACUUCAAGACCACAAGUGAAAUGAAAACUCAGGCAGUUUAGUCCAUAGUGGUACUAUUUUGAUGAUAUUUUCCAUAAAUAAAAUGUAUUUCAGAUUA